ACAUAUCUGUCAGUUUUGAGGUGUUUUCAUGGCGUUUUGGUCGAUUUAACUUUGUAGAUUGAUCUUUAAAUAUCCAAUAUAUUAUCAUCACAAAACGAAAAAUGACUACAUUAUCCCAUAAAAAACCUCGACGCAAAAAUAUUCAACAUAGUGAUCCCGGGAAAAUUUUGGAUUUAGUGAUGAGCUUGACUGAUGAUAAAUGUAGUGAAAUACAGAUGAAAAUCAAUACGUAUUUAUCCGAAGAAUGUGAAGCGGAAUUGGUAGUGCCAGUGAUUGUAAAUCGCGACCGUAAGGAAGCGUUUGUAGAAGUUGUGGGAAUAGCAGCUUUACCGCGAAAGAUGAAAAUUCACUUAACUUCAAAGUUUAUGGAUACGUUAAAAACUAACGUGGAACAAACGGACCUUCUGGCUAACUUUGGCGAAGAUUUCCAAAAUAUUGUCAAUCCCUUUGUUGGAAAAGACACAAAGAAGCGUCUGGUUCUAUUUUCCGUCAACGACGUUCCAUUUACCGUAAUCUUCUGUAUUGUGGCGCCGAAAGCAGAAGAAAGCAGUAUUCCAAUCAUUAUUUACGAGUGUGGACUAUUCGUCUGGCCAACUUUGAAGAAGGCGAUUGCGUUCGAGUACGAGAAUUCUUUGAAAAUAAAAUGCCAACAACUGCUGCGUGUCGCCAAGAGGCUAUUUACUCAAGUGUCAUCUUUAGGUACCUUGCUACAAAUCGCAAUGGAUCAAGCGAAACAGCUGACCAAGGCUGAGCACUGCGUUGUGUUUCUAGUUGAUGUCGACAACAUGGAGCUGUACGAGUCCUGCUCCACCAAUAAGGAUGAAACCCGACGAUUUCCACUGGGCAUGGGGAUCGCAGGCGAGGUGAUCAAGACUGGGUCGUUAAUCAACGCUCGAUUUCCACGUGAACACCCCGCUUAUAAUCCCGCAAUUGAUGGAAUACCAAAAAUUGAGUGCAGAAAUCUCCUGUGUUUUCCAAUACGUGAACAGACGGGCAUCAUUGGCGUGGGCCAACUGAUAAACAAGAUAUCGGACCCUUAUUUUGACGGCAUGGACGAGGAGAUGGCUCUGGCCUUCAGCAUCUACUGCGGGGUCUGCAUCCUGCACUCCGUGGUCUACCAGAAGAUUCAGGAAGCUCACAUUCGGAACGCUCUCGCUAACGAACUUAUUAUGUACCACAUGAAGGUUGGUCGUCUCUGGAUUUCUUUCUAUUCCAUGACAAAACUGAAUACCUAAUUAACAAAAUGCCGUUUCCACUAUCACCCUCACGUAACCAGUCUCCACUUCAACCCUCGCGCUCUACCACUGCGAGAACUGCCCUGCUAUGCCGCCAAGAUGUUUGUGGACCUUGGAUAUGAUGUGAAGUUCAACAUCAAACCGCCGAAGUUGUCCCGAUUUAUUCUCUACGUGAAGAAGGGUUACCGUGACGUGCCCUAUCACAGCUGGACCCAUGCCUUCAACGUGGGACAGUGGGCAUUCGCUGCACUCAUGAACUAUAAGCUCGUUGCCAACGGAUACUUUACUGACCUGCAAGCUCUAAUGUAUUUGGUGGCGGCCUUCAUGCAUGAUAUUGACCAUCGCGGCACCACCAACAGCUUCCAGAUUCACGGAGAAACAACGUUAGCAGCUCUAUACUCAAGCGAGGGUAGCGUGAUGGAGCGCCACCACCUGGCACAGGCUAUGUGCAUCCUCAACACUGAGGGAUGCGACAUUCUGGAGACUCUGCCACGGAGGGAUUAUGACAGAGCCAUCAUGAUGCUUCGAGACAAUAUCCUGGCUACCGAUCUGGCUAAUUACUUCAAGAAUAUCAACGAGUAUAAAGUAGUAGCGAUGGACUACCAAAGGGGCAACCGAGCACAUUUCACUGCUCUACAAGCCAUGCUGAUGAACGCAGCCGAUCUCGGCGACCAGCUCAAAGACUGGGGUUGUGUGAAGAAAACUGCUGCGGCGGUCUUAACGGAGUUCUUUAAGCAAGGCGAGCUGGAGAAGAUGCGAGGGGUCUCGCCGACCAGUGAGAUGGACAGUGACAAGUGCUUCAUACCGGACUUGGAGAUCCAGUUCUUGCAGACCAUCUGCAUACCGCUAUAUGAUAUGAUCGGCAAGAUAAUACCUAAAGCAGCGGCUUGUACUAAGAUCAUCGAGAACCACGUUGAACGAUGGGAAGCGGCGAAACCUGUGUUCGCAGAGGUGCCAAUAACAUCAGGUCUAUCAGUUCUGCUGAGCCCAGAACUGGAUACUCUCAUACAGCUGAACCUCAAAGAGGCUGGCAAAGACGACCUUAUGGAAAAUGAAAGCAUCUUACCGGAGACUAACACUACCACGUCUUAAAUAAUGUGUUAUUUAACAUUACCAAAUCCCUAAAAUUCCUUAAUUUUGUAAAUCCCCAUGCAUUCACUGCCCUGCGGAUUUUUACAGUGCCCGAAUUAAAAGACAUUACUAGAGGGCCCGCACGCACUAUUUAAUCCUUUUUUUGAUGGAAGGUAAAUGAUUAACUGACUUCACCCGCCUUGGGUGAAGCGAAGAG